AAAUACAGGAUUUCCUGUUAUACACUCUGGCUCAGGCUGCAGAUGACAGACAGCAGGAUUUCAGCCAUGAGAGAAAGAGUGUGAGAAUUCUGUCUUCAUCUUUGACAUUGGAUUUUAUAACAUAUCUGUAGCUAGUAAAAACUAUUUUGCUUUCCCCCUACUUUUUGCUGUGGAUAUUUCCUUCUUGAAGAAUGGAAGUUUAAAUGAGAAAUCCUUCUUCCAUCCCACCAUGUCCUAAAUGAGCGCACAGAUACAUUCAAGAUGUCAAGCAACAGCUCUUCAGGAAAUUGCACUGAUCCUGAUAUGGGAUUUCAGACCUCCCUGUAUGCAACCACUUACAUCAUAAUAUUCAUACCUGGUCUUCUAGCAAACAGUGCUGCAUUAUGGGUUUUAUGUCGCUUCAUCAGUAAGAAAAACAAAGCUAUUAUUUUUAUGAUUAAUUUGUCUGUAGCUGAUCUUGCUCAUGUGCUCUCGUUACCUCUUCGAGUGUAUUAUUAUAUAAACCACGUGUGGCCUUUUGGGAGUUUGCUUUGCCAGUUCUGUUUCUACCUGAAGUAUCUCAAUAUGUAUACAAGCAUCUGUUUCCUUACCUGCAUAAGCAUUCAAAGGUACCUUUUCCUCCUCUAUCCUUUCAAAGCCAAAAACUGGAAGAGUAGGUAUGACAUUGCCAUUAGUGCUGCUGUAUGGAUCUUUGUUGGAGCUGCUUGCUCACCUGUUCUAAUUCUGAGAAGUUCUACCCCAUCCAACAAUACAAUUACCUGCUUUGCAGAUCUUAAAAUAAAGCAAAUGACUAUGGCAACUUCUAUUACUUUAGUAACAGUGGCUGAAUUAUCAGGGUUUGUGAUUCCCUUAGUUAUUAUUGCAUAUUGCACUUGGAAAAUGAGACAAUCUCUACAAGAAUCUGAAGUGCCCUUGCAACAGAGAAAUGAAAAAGAGAAAGCUUUACGGAUGAUCCUGAUGUGUGCAGCUGUAUUCUUCAUAUGUUUCACACCAUAUCAUAUAAACUUUCCUUUAUUUAUGAUGGUGAAACAGAAUGUUAUUACAAACUGCUCCAUACUCAGAAGUACACUUCAUUUUCAUCCAGUUUCUUUAUGUCUAGCCAGCUUGAACUGUUGUCUGGAUCCAAUUCUUUACUACUUUAUGACAUCAGAGUUCCAGAAAAAAUUAUUGCAAUGCAGUGACUUUGCCCUCCGGAGUUGCCUCAUGGACAAAGAGAGUGACUCAUCUUUCCAGGACCACAGCGAUGAUUUUGAAACACAGAAACACUUCACACAUUUUAAAUGUUGGUCUGUUCGAAGGUUCUGGCCAAAUAAAUACAUGGAAGCUCCUCCAACUGAGCCAGAGAGACUUUCAUUACAGUAUCCCUUUUGAAGCUCAAGGCACUUUGCUCGACACAGAUGCACUCCAUGGAGAUCGCAUUAAGGCCAGACAUAUGUACUGAAUAACAUCUCUGACUUAAAA